UAAACUGGCGGGGGGUGGAAAGAGGAGAGUGCACGGAGAAAAGAAGUAGCUUUAAUUAAACACCAAAGUGACUUUUCCAACCAACCUUUUGGAGUAAUUUCAGGCGUCCUUUUAACAUUUUCUAACUCACUUGCAAAUGUUCUGAGAGCAGAUAGUGUCACAUGGAGGCUAUUGUAAAGAACGUGGAGCGGACCACGGAGCUACUCGCUGUGUCGCAGACAGAGACGGUGCAGCGGUGGGACAAACAGACCCUGGACAGAGCCUUCCAAUGGACUCAGUACUGUCAACACGUCUACACAAGGUUCCAUGCAAAUCCAACCGUCAGGGACAUCUUGGAAAAACAACUACAGGUGACAAACGAAAGUUUACGAACAACUUUUCAUGGGUAUACGGACAUCACGUUUUCUGACCUGUCGCAGUGUCAACACUUGCUGCUUGUGGGGUUACUAAACAACGCCGCUGUUCCGAGCUCAGUCGUCAAACUACUUUUCGACACUAUAACUGUUGGAGGUAAAUAUAAGGACGCCACCGGUCAUUGCAUUGAACUCAUAGAAGUGAAAUCAGCAUGUAAAGUCUUAAGCGCCAUUUAUUUGAAACGCAGUACGUCCUUUCCCGGUCCCGAUGCUGACGUGUUAGGCAUGACACUGAUGGAGAUGUUGGAUAUCCUGCUCUCUCCAGCUGCUGGCGGGUCCAAGGUGGGCCUAGCAGGGAAGUUAUUGGACAACCUCUUACAAACCUGUGGUGAAAAUGAAAACUUCUCAGGAGUCGUUGCUGCUGCUCUUCUGUCAAGGAAAAACAACAAAACGGCAGCAGCAACAACAAAAAUGGCUUCAGAAGGAGUUUCAUUCCACUUUAUCCUGGAUUGGCUGCAGCAACACCACAGUUUACUCCAUAAUAUGUGUUCCACGUUGCCUAUUGGUCUUUUGAUGGACCUCCACCAGCAGUCUGUGAGGUUUAGAGUGACCUACGGUGACAUGUUGAAGCAAUGGGGGUCACAGUUGGAGUAUGACGUGGGAGAAGGAGAGUGGGUUCAAAUGGAUACCACCGACGGGGUGUCGUUCAAGACACUGUCUGACCAUUAUAGGUCGUUGCUAGGGGCUUGUCCGUCAACAAAGGAGGACGUUGAGAGAGAGCUGACAGAACUGAAGGUUGCCGAUGGGGACUUUGAUGUUAGAGGUCUGAGUGUUUGGGGUGACCUCCUCUCUGAGCUGAACAAGGUCUGAGUGUUUGGGGUGACCUCCUCUCUGAGCUGAACAAGGUCUGAGUGUUUGGGAUGGUCUUUUUUAAAAACAUAUUUAUUUUAUUUAUUUUUUCACCUGAAACGUUAAUUAUCUGAAAACGUGUAAAACAUCAUCUGUUGCCAUCAGUUGAGACACAUGUUCUUGAGUACAGGGUGAUGCAACAAAUUAAAAAUAAAAUCAGAGUUGACUUGUUUUUAGAUAAUUGACAAAAAAAACAAACAAAUUUAUUAAUGCAAAAUGUAUAAAAAUAAACUAUAAACAGUUUGACAACUCUGUUUGUAAGCUUCUAAAUGAAAUCAAACUCCAACCUUUUAUUUUUUCCAGUAAUGAAGACAUUAAUGGAAAAGUAAUGGGGUAUGCAGAAUAGUGAAGACAUUACUGGAAAAGUAAUGGGGUAUGCAGAAUAGGUCAACUUUGAUCACUUUUUUAUCUCCUGAAUGUUUUGGUAACUUUCUGACCACUUCCCUCCAUGUAUGGUAAGUUUAUUUUUAUUUUUAUGAAAGCUGUCAAAAAGUGAAUUGAAAUGGAUUUACCCCCUCUCUUGAGCAGAACAAAGCCAUGUGUAGCCUCAUCAGUAUCCUGUCAUUGGGCAGUCAGUGUUCGUUGGACAAAUGUGGACGUUUGGCCUCGUUAGAUACAAUAGAUUUAUAUGUAUUUGUCAAAGGAUACAUGUUUUUGUGCUAAUACAUUCAUAUACGUUUGUAUCAAUAACAGAAUAAAGAGGACUUUCAUUA